AUGUUGAAAGGAGUUAUAUUAAUAGGUGGUCCUCAGAAAGGAACAAGGUUUAGACCCUUGUCUCUUGACGUUCCAAAACCACUGUUUCCAGUUGCCGGUUUACCAAUAAUACAACAUCAUGUUGAAGCUUGUGUUUGCAUUCCUAAUUUAGAAGAAAUUUUAAUAAUAGGAUUCUAUCCAGCCUCACAAAUCAGCCAGUUUAUAUCAGACAUGCAACAUGAAUAUCAAAUAAAAAUAAGGUAUCUACAAGAAUUUACUGCUUUAGGAACUGCUGGUGGAAUGUAUCAUUUUCGAGAUUUAAUUCGGGGAGGAUCUCCAGAAGCUUUUUUUAUUUUAAAUGGUGAUGUUUGUGCUGAUUUUCCAUUACAGAAAUUACUUGAAUUUCAUAAGAAACAAAAUAAUGCAUUAGUAACAAUUAUGGGAACUGAAGCUACCAAAGAGCAAGCAAUUAAUUACGGCUGUCUUGUAACUGACAAAGAAUCUGGAAUGGUUUCACAUUAUGUAGAGAAGCCAGAUACAUAUGUUUCAACAUUAAUUAAUUGUGGAGUUUAUGUUUGCUCUUUAGAUAUUUUUCAAACAAUCGGAAACAUUUUUCAAGCAAAACAACAAGAAUUUUAUAGGUAUGGUUGUGUCUAUAUAGUUUGUAGUAACUUAUUUCAUGUUCUAAUUUGUUUCAGACAAAGUCCUGGAUCUAAUAAAGAUUCUUGUUAUAUUGAAUGGGAAAGAGAAAUUUUGCAACAAUUAGCUGGAACUGGACAACUAUUUGCACUAAGUGUAUCAAAUUGGUGGUCACAGUUGAAGACAGCUAGUUCAGCUAUAUAUGCAAAUAAACAUUAUUUAGAAUUAUAUAAAUUGAGACAUCCAUCAAGAUUGUCCAAUAAACAUGAGUGCACAGUGUAUCCUGAUGUGUACAUAAAUCCUUCAGCAAAUAUUCAUUCAACAGCAGUGUUGGGUCCUAAUGUAUCUAUUGGAGAAGGAGUUACAAUAGGUCCUGGAGUUAGAAUUAGAGAAAGUAUUGUUUUGCCCAAUGCCACAAUAGAUGAUCAUGCACUUAUUUUAUAUAGCAUAAUUGGUAAGGGUUCUAGAGUUGGAAAAUGGGCCAGAGUAGAAGGUGCCCCUGGAGAUCCUAACCCAAAUAAACCUUUUGCUAAAAUGGAUAAUCCACCAUUAUUUAACAAUGAAGGACGAUUAAAUCCAUCUAUAACAAUUCUUGGUAGUUCUGUUAUUGUGCCUGCUGAAAAGAUUCUGCUUAAUUCUAUUGUUUUACCCCAUAAAGAACUAUCGAGAAGUUUUAAAAAUGAAAUAAUAUUAUAAAUUAUAUGUCUUAAAUAUGAUUUGUCUUAUU